AUGUUCAACCAUCCGAUGCAGGAAAACAUAGAGAAUUCCGUGACCAUUGACGAUGUCGAACCGGAAGUCUUUAAAGAACUGCUGCGGUACAUCUACACCGAUGAGGUGACCUGCCUGGAGACGAUGGCCUUCAAGCUGUACGCGACCGCUGACAAGUACGCCCUCUCGACGCUGAAGAGUAUCUGCCGCUGUCACAUUUUGAAGACGCUCUCUUUGGACACCGGAAUAAAAACGUUGAUGCUCGGUGAUACGCACAGCGAUCGGGACAUGAAGGAGUAUACGCUGCAGUUCCUGAGCCGAUCUGGCGUUGCCGGCAAGCUGACUUCCACGGCCGACUGGAAGAAAAUGUUCCUUACUCAUCCACAUCUCGUCAACGAGACCUUCGACGCGUUGGCCCGCAAGGUUGCUUCCACGGAAGAAUGA